AACAAUAACCCGAGCAGGAAGAGGAGGAAGAGAAAGAGGAGGAUCAGGAGGCGGCGGGGCUGGAGAACCCGAAGCACCUCCCGGCGCCGGGACGCUCGCUCCUCCUGUAAGGUAGCCAUCUUGAGGAUGAGGGAAGAUGUUGGAAGAAUUUUAGAUGGACUGUUGAAGAUAGGUGAGAAAGGCUCCACGGUGGAAUGAGAACUUGGAGGAGAUUCAGAACCAAUUAAUGCAUUGUAAGGAAGCUGAUUAGACCUUGUUUCAACCAAGGAGGAAGACAGAAAGGUACCAGCUUCAACACAAACAAGGAGCACAUUGGUCCCUGAUGUGAGAGGGUAGACCCCGAUCAUGGAGGUGCUUCAGUGCGAUGGCUGUGACUUCAGAGCCCCAUCCUACGAAGAUCUCAAGGCGCACAUCCAGGAUGUCCACACGGCGUUCCUGCAGCCCACCGAUGUCGCCGAAGACAACGCGAAUGAGCCACGAUCCGGGUCCAUGAAUGCCAGUAAUCAGACGGAGGUGGAGUUCUCGUCUAUAAAGGAUGAAUUUGGGAUCGCAGAGGAUUUAUCAGGUCAAAAUGCAACCGCAUUGGGGACCGGAGGUUACUAUGGCCACAGUCCAGGAUAUUAUGGUCAGCACGUCACCCCUAGUCCCAAACCAACGAGCAAGUUUUUCCAAUGCAAGUUCUGCAUACGCUACUUCAGGUCCAAAAACCUCCUCAUCGAACACACGAGGAAGGUCCACGGGGCGCAGGCUGAAGGGAGUUCGGCGGGCCCCCCCCUUCCGGGGUCCAUAAACUACAACAUCAUGAUGCACGAGGGGUUUGGAAAGGUCUUCUCCUGCCAGUUUUGCACGUACAAGUCACCACGGAGGGCGAGGAUCAUGAAGCACCAGAAGAUGUAUCACAAAAACAGCUUGAAGGAGAUCGCCGCUCUCCCUCCCGCCCCUGUCCCCAUGCCCGACCCCGUGAUCCCGCCCGUGUCCCUGCAGGACCCCUGCAAGGAGCUGCCCGCCGAGGUGGUGGAGCGCAGCAUCCUGGAGUCUAUGGUCAAGCCCCUGACCAAGUCCCGGGGCAACUUCUGCUGUGAGUGGUGCAGCUACCAGACGCCGCGCCGGGAACGGUGGUGCGACCACAUGAUGAAGAAGCACCGCAGCAUGGUCAAGGUCCUCUCCAACCUCAGACAGGACGGGACGGGUCUCCCCGACCUGCCCAAGAACGAGCCCAGCCCCACGUCCAACUCCUCCACCUACCUGUCCAUGAACGCUGCCAGCCGGGAGGUGCCCAACGCCAGUGUCCCCAGCUUCAGGGGCUCCGUCAGCAACUCCAUCCUGAGGCCCAACUCCUCGUCCGCCUCCAAGUACUCGCCCCUGUCCUACCCGCCGAUGAAGCCGAAGUCACCUCACAACUCGGGCCUCGUUAACCUGGCGGACAGGUCCCGCUACGGGAUGGCCGACAUGACGAAUUCCCCCGCUGACCUGGAGACGAACAGCAUGCUGAAUGACUCUAGUUCCGAGGAAGAGCUCAACGAGCUGGACAGCGAGAACGGCCUCAACGCCAUGGACCACCAGGCGUCGGGCCUGUCCGCCGAGCAGCUCAUGGGCUCCGACGGCCACAAGUUGCUGGAGACCAAGGGGAUCCCCUUCCGGAGGUUCAUGAACAGGUUCCAGUGCCCCUUCUGCCCUUUCCUCACCAUGCACCGCCGCAGCAUCUCCCGGCACAUAGAGAACAUCCACCUGUCCGGCAAGACGGCGGUGUACAAAUGUGACGAGUGUCCGUUUACUUGCAAGAGCUCGCUCAAGCUGGGGGCCCACAAACAGUGUCACACGGGUACGACGUCCGACUGGGAUGCCCUGAACUCCCAGAGCGAGAGCAUCGCCGCCUCCAUGAACGAAGGGGUCGUGUCCUACGACAGCCCGAGCAUCAACGGCAGGAAGUCGGGAGUCAUGCUGGACUCCCUGCAGCAGCAGCCGCCGCCGCCCCCACCACCGCCACCACCGCCGCCUCCAUCGCAGCCUCAGCAGCUGCCGCCGCCGCAUCAGCUGCCCCCCCAGCCCCAGCCCCCGCCGCCGCCGCCGCCCCCCGUGCCAGCCCCGCCCCUGCACCCGUACAAGUGCACCAUGUGUAACUACUCCACCACCACUCUGAAAGGGCUACGCGUCCAUCAGCAGCACAAGCACUCCUUCUGCGACAACUUGCCAAAAUUCGAGGGGCCGCCCCCCGGCCUCCCGUUGGAAAGCGAGGCGGACGGCCACCCCUCUUCCAGCAACACUGUGAAGAAAAGCCAGACCUCAAUCCUCGGGCUGUCCUCCAAGAACAACUUCGUGGCCAAGGCCCCCCGGAAGCUGGCCAGCGACUUCCCCCUCGACCUGUCGCCCGUGAAGAAGCGGACGAGGAUCGACGAGAUCGCGAGCAACCUGCAGAGCAAGAUCAACCAGAGCAAGCAGCUGGAGGACGCCGUGAUCAACGUCGAGGACGACGAGGAGGAGAUGGAGGAGGACCACGAGGUGGAGAUCGAGGUGGAGCUGGACCGGGAGGAGGAGCCGCCGGAGCCCCCGGUCCUGGAGGUGCCCCCGCCCUUCGCCGCGCAGCCCAUCUGGGUGCGGGACGCCGGCGGCGAGCCCCAGAAGGAGCCCCCCGGCUUCCGAAGCGUCAGCCACGACUACAGCGCCACCAACGGGGCCGAGAUCGAGCUCACGCUCUCGGAGGACGAGGAGGACUACUACGGCUCCUCGGCGAACCUGAAGGAUCACCAGCUCCCCGGCACCGCUCUGCUCAACGCCCAGGUCCCCCUGUACGGCCCCGAGCACAACAGCGAGAGCACGGACUUCGGCGACUCCGGGAGGCUCUACUAUUGCAAACACUGUGACUUCAACAACAAGUCCGCCCGGAGCGUCAGCACCCACUACCAGCGGAUGCACCCGUACAUCAAGUUCAGCUUCAGGUACAUCCUGGACCCCAACGACCACAGCGCGGUGUACCGGUGCCUGGAGUGCUACAUCGACUACACCAACUUCGAGGACCUGCAGCAGCACUACGGGGAGCACCACCCCGAGGCCAUGAACGUCCUCAACUUCGACCACUCGGACCUGAUCUACCGGUGUCGCUUCUGCUCCUACACGAGCCCCAACGUCCGGAGCCUGAUGCCGCACUACCAAAGAAUGCACCCCACGGUGAAGAUCAACAACGCCAUGAUCUUCUCCAGCUACGUGGUGGAGCAGCAGGAGGGGCUGAGCGCCGAGUCCCAGACGCUGAGGGAGAUCCUCAACUCGGCGCCCAAGACCCUGGCCACGUCCACGCCCGUGGCGGCUCGCAGCGGCAGCGGCCUGGCCUUCGGCAAGGGCACCCCCCCCAAGACCUUUCCUCCAGAAUGUGAAAACCAGAAGGACCCCUCCGUGAGCACUGUGGUCGUCUACGACUGCGACGUGUGCUCCUUCGCCAGCCCCAACAUGCACUCCGUCCUGGUCCACUACCAGAAGAAGCACCCCGAGGAAAAGGCCUCCUACUUUAGGAUCCAGAAAACCAUGCGCAUGGUGUCUGUGGACAGGGGCGCCGCCCUUGCCCAGUUGUCGUUUGAGGUGGGUGCCCCCAUGUCUCCCAAAAUGUCCACCAUGGGUUCCCCGCCUCCCCCCCCGCCGCCCCCGCCACCAGACCUCAGCACUGAGCUUUACUACUGCAAACACUGCUCCUACAGCAAUCGGUCCGUUGUGGGAGUGCUUGUCCACUACCAGAAAAGACACCCCGAGAUAAAGGUCACUGCCAAGUACAUCAGGCAGGCCCCCCCGACGGCCGCCGUGCUGAGGGGGGCCGAGGGGCCCCAGGGCUCCCCGCGGCCGCCCGUCCCCAUGCCGCCCCUGGGCGGCCGCGGCGGGGGCAGCUCGGAGAGAGACGGCCCCCUGGCGGCGGCGGAGACCGAGAUGUUCUUCUGCCAGCACUGUGAUUACGGGAACCGGACGGUCAAAGGGGUACUCAUCCACUACCAGAAGAAGCACCGGGACUUCAAGGCCAACGCCGACGUGAUCCGGCAGCACACGGCCACCAUCCGGAGCCUCUGCGACCGGAACCAGAGGAAGCCCGCCGCCGCCGCCACCACCGCCGGCGGCUGCAUGCUGGCCGCCCCCUCGGGCGCCGCGGAGCGGGACAAGGCGAAGCUGCGCGCCCUCAAGUGCAGGCAGUGCUCCUACACCUCCCCCUACUUCUACGCCCUGAGGAAGCACACCAAGAAGGACCACCCCGCCCUCAAGGCCACGGUCACGUCCAUCAUGCGGUGGGCCUUCCUGGACGGCUCCAUCGAGGCCGGCUACCACUGCGAGUGGUGCAUCUACUCGCACACGGAGCCCAGCGGCCUGCUCCUGCACUACCAGCGGAGGCACCCCGAGCACUACGUGGACUACACCUACAUGGCCACCAAGCUGUGGGCCGGGCCGGACCCCUCCCCGCCCUCCCUCCUGAUGCCCGCCGAGGCCAAGACCUACCGCUGCCGGGACUGCGUCUUCGAAGCCAUCUCCAUCUGGGACAUCACCAACCACUACCAGGCGUUCCACCCGUGGGCCAUGAACGGGGACGAGUCCGUGCUGCUGGACAUCAUCAAGGAGAAGGACGAGAACCCCCUGCCGCCGUCCGACGACCUGGCGGGCCCCGUGAACUGCGAGGGCAGCCUGCCCGCCCCCCUCGCCGCCGAGCAGGACGCGGAGUGCCCCGAGGACGCCCGCCUCACCCCCGAGAAGGGGCUCCAGCUCUCCUCGGCCAACCCCGCCAUCAGCUCCACGCCGUACCAGUGCACCGUGUGCCAGUCCGAGUACAACAACCUGCACGGCCUGCUGACCCACUACGGCAAGAAGCACCCGGGCAUGAAGGUGAAAGCCGCCGACUUCGCCCAGGACGUCGACAUCCACCCGGGCGCCGUCUACAAGUGCCGGCACUGCCCCUACAUCAACACCCGCAUCCACGGCGUCCUCACCCACUACCAGAAGCGGCACCCGGCCGUCAAGGUGACCGCCGAGGACUUCGUGCACGACGUGGAGCAGCCGGCCGACCUGGCCCAGAGCGACGUGGAGGAGACGAGCCGCAUCUUCAAGCAGGGCUUCGGCGCCUACCGCUGCAAGCUGUGCCCCUACACGCACGGCACGCUGGAGAAGCUCCGGAUCCACUACGAGAAGUACCACAACCAGCCCGAGUUCGACGUCUUCUCCCCGUCGCCCCCCAAGCUGCCGCUGUCCCUCGCCGAGCCCGACAUCACCACCACCACCAGUGCCGCUGCCACUGCCGCCGCCGAGGCGAGCCCCUCCCAGGUCUCCGCUGCCGAGGAGGAGGUGGGGGGCGAGGAGCCCGUGCCCGCCGCGCACUUCUCUACCUCGCACCUGGCCUCGCACACGGUGUUCCGGUGCCAGCUCUGCAAGUACUUCUGCUCCACACGCAAGGGCAUCGCCCGGCACUACCGCAUCAAGCACAACAACGUGCGCGCCCAGCCCGAGGGCAAGAACAACCUCUUCAAGUGCGCCCUGUGCUCCUACACCAACCCCAUCCGCAAGGGGCUGGCGGCCCACUACCAGAAGCGCCACGACAUCGACGCCUACUACACCCACUGCCUGGCCGCCUCCCGCACCAUCAGCGACAAGCCCAGCAAGGUCAUCAUCCCGUCGCCGCCCAAGGACGACUCCCCGCAGCUCAGCGAGGAGCUGCGGCGGGCGGUGGAGAAGAAGAAGUGCUCCCUGUGCUCCUUCCAGUCCUUCAGCAAGAAGGGCAUCGUGUCCCACUACAUGAAGCGCCACCCGGGGGUCUUCCCCAAGAAGCAGCACGCCAGCAAGCUGGGGGGCUACUUCACGGCCGUGUACGCCGACGAGCCCGAGAAGCCGGCGCCCCCGCCGCCUUUGCUGCUGUCGGAAGAGGAGGAGAGGGGCGGCCCGGAGAGAGCCGCCGAGGUGGAGGGGGGAGGAGGAGGCGGCGAGGCGCAGGAGAUGGAGUGGCUGCCGUUCCGCUGCAUCAAAUGCUUCAAGCUGUCCUUCAGCACGGCCGAGCUGCUGUGCAUGCACUACACCGACCACCACAGCCGGGACCUCAAGAGGGACUUCGUCAUCCUGGGCGGUGGCGGCGGCGGCCCCCGGCCGCAGGGCGCCGCCUACCAGUGCAAGCACUGCGACAGCAAGCUGCAGAGCACCGCCGAGCUGACCUCGCACUUGAGCGUUCACAACGAGGAAUUCCAGAAGCGUGCCAAGCGUCAGGAGAGGAGGAAACAGCUUUUGAGCAAGCAGAAAUAUGCAGAUGGUGCUUUUGCAGAUUUCAAACAAGAGAGGCCUUUUGGUCACUUAGAAGAGGUGCCAAAGAUCAAGGAGCGGAAGGUGGUGGGCUACAAGUGUAAAUUCUGUGUGGAAGUGCACCCGACGCUCCGGGCCAUCUGCAACCACCUGCGGAAGCACGUCCAGUAUGGCAGCGUCCCCGCCGUGUCCGCCGUGAAGCAGGAGGCUGAGGACCCUGCCCACUUGUUCCUGGACGGACUGGACGCAGCCAAAGAUGCAAGUGGCGCCCUGGUGGACCGGGUGGAUGGUGAACACUGCUUGCUUGAUGGAAUGUUGGAGGAUGAUACCCGGCCGGGGGGAUACCAUUGUAGUCAAUGUGACCGAGUGCUGAUGUCCAUGCAGGGGCUGCGUUCUCACGAGAGGAGCCACCUGGCCCUGGCCAUGUUCGCCCGCGAGGACAAGUACAGCUGCCAGUAUUGCUCCUUUGUCUCCGCGUUCAGGCACAAUUUGGAUCGCCAUAUGCAAACCCACCACGGACACCAUAAACCAUUCCGAUGCAAACUCUGCUCUUUCAAGUCCUCCUACAACAGCCGCCUAAAAACACACCUACUCAAGGCUCAUGCUGGUGAACAUGCCUACAAAUGUUCUUGGUGCUCCUUCUCCACCAUGACAAUCAGCCAGUUAAAGGAACACUCCCUCAAGGUCCACGGGAAAGCCCUGACGCUGCCCAGGCCUCGGAUCGUCAGCCUGCUCUCCUCCCACAACCACCACGCCGCCCAGAAAGCUGCCCCGGCAGAAGAAGUGGAAGACUCCAAUGACUCGUCCUACUCGGAGCCCCCCGACGUGCAGCAGCAGCUGAACCACUACCAGUCGGCCGCGCUGGCGAGGAACAACAGCCGCGUCAGCCCCGGGCCGCUCUCCGGGGAGCAGAAGGCCGAGGCGGUGCUCCACUGCGAAUUCUGUGAAUUCUCCUCGGGCUACAUCCAGAGCAUCCGGCGCCACUACAGGGACAAGCACGGCGGCAAGAAGCUCUUCAAGUGCAAGGACUGCUCUUUUUACACGGGCUUCAAGUCUGCCUUUACUAUGCACGUGGAAGCCGGGCACUCGGCCGUGCCCGAGGAGGGCCCCAAAGACCUGCGCUGCCCCCUCUGCCUCUAUCACACCAAAUACAAGCGCAACAUGAUCGACCACAUCGUGCUGCACCGAGAGGAGCGUGUGGUCCCCAUCGAGGUGUGCCGGUCCAAGCUGUCCAAGUACCUGCAGGGCGUGGUCUUCCGCUGCGACAAGUGCACCUUCACCUGCUCCAGCGACGAGAGCCUCCAGCAGCACAUAGAAAAGCACAAUGAACUGAAGCCGUACAAGUGCCAGCUCUGCUACUACGAGGCCAAGCACACGGAGGAGCUGGACAGCCACCUGCGGGACGAGCAUAAGGUGAGCCGGAACUUCGAGCUGGUUGGACGGGUCAACCUGGACCAGCUGGAGCAGAUGAAGGGCAAGCUGGAGAGCUCCAGCAGCGAGGACGACGACAAGGAGGAGGAAGUGGGCAAGGCCGAGGACAGAGAUCUGAUGAGGUUUGCUGACCGCGGGGCUGCCAUGAACGCUCAGAAGCGCUUUCCGUGUGAAUUCUGCGGGCGGGCGUUUUCCCAGGGCUCCGAGUGGGAGAGGCACGUGCUGAGACACGGCAUGGCGUUGAAUGACACCCAGCAGGUGAGCAGAGAAGAGAUCCAGCUGCAGGAGAGCGUACAGGACGGCGUGAAGAUGCCCUGCAUAGAGGAGAAGGAGGACGACGUCGAGGCGCUCGGGAUGGACUUUUCCCUCAAGAGCGAGACAGUAGCCAUCUGCGUAGUCGCUGCCGACAGAUCCCUCCUGGAGGACGCCGAGGCCGAGAAGGAAUAAAGCGCGGGGUGGAAUUCUGGAUCCCAACCUUACUUGAACUGUGAUGCGAAGUGGGAGGGCCAGCUCGGGCUGAGACCUGGGGGACAGAGAAGAGGAAGACAGAACAAAGCUGCUUUUUCGGACUGAACAAUCUAUUUUCAAAGCACUGGUACCUGUGUGAGUGAGUAUGUAAAUUAAAGUUAUUUAAAUGGUUGGAAUAUGUGGCUCCUUUUCCAUCACUACACCUUCCCUCCCGGAUCUUCAGCGUGGAAGUGCCGCUGGCUUGCGGGACGCGCAGGGCCUCCCGGGCACGGCGUGCCUUGCGGCGGCUCGGACAGUGCGUGGAAACAAGCUCCGAGGCGAUAGAAGACUUCUUAGGGGAACAACAUUUUUCUGACGCACAACUUUCCGUGCGUUUUUCUAGUUUUCAUACCUUAAGCUUUUUUCAAGACCUAACUGCCGCUUUGGGAAAAAACAAACAAACAAACAAAAACAAAACAGAAAACAAAAAAACUGCUUUGCCUAAAAACAGUCACCUGUUUCCUAGUACCUCAAACUUAACCAAGGGAAUUCUCUGCAUUUGUCAGUACUACCUGUCGUCGCCGUGGUUAAAUGUAGAGAGAACUGCUGGGCAAGAUGGUGAAUGGAGAAAGAAAAAGAAAAAAAAAAAAAGAGUUUUAAAGAAAGGAACACAAAUUGUGCUUAAAAUCCCCAUGUGGGUUUUAUUUCUUAAAAUACUGUGAUUUUUUUAAUUAUUUUAGUAAAAAACAAAACAAAAAAAAGAAACAGACUUUAAUUAUUAGAUAACUGUUUGUGAAUUGUCAUCCUUUAUCCCAGGUAAGCUGUUUAUUAGUGUUCAGCUAUGAUUUAAGACUUUGGUAGAUUCAUACAAGCUAAUUUUACAGUGACUGUGGAGUUCCGUUUGCCACAUGUUCAUUUUUCUAUCAGCUUGAGUGUUACAAACACAGCACAAUUCAGUUUUUCAUAUAAAUUGUUUUUCUUUGUGUGUGUGUGUGUGUGUGUGUGUGUUGAUAUUGUUUUAAUUUGGGGCAAGGGAGAUUUAGGGGGUUUUUUUGUGUGUGUGUGUGUGUGAAUAGGAAUGUUUUUAUUUUAAACAUGGAAAUAACAAAGAACUUUUUUUUUUUUUUUUUUAAUUUAAAGAACCAAACUUUUGGCACAGCUAUGCAGCUUGUGGGCCAGACGAGGAAGUCCUCUUCACCCUUUUGUUGCUUGUCAAACUAUCACAUUAUCCGUCUCACACAAGUACUUCCUGUUAGGAUGGGCUGGCUUUUGUGCGUGAUUUCAAAUCUGUUUUGCUUUUGUUUGCAAUGUGUUGUGUUUUUAUUUGGGGGGUAGGGGUUCUCAUUUAAUUUGCGGGAUAAGGGAACCCCAUCCCUUUGGUGAGAAUGGACAAGAAAUACUUGCAUCCUACAAGGAACCUGGAGAACUACUUUUUUGUUGUUUGUUUAAAUCUAGCUGCCAGCUGCUCCGUUUCCCCGUCUUAGCUUUUUCAGGAGGGAGCAGCAUAGACUAAAUCUAAGUCUACAUUUAUAAUAUGUUCUGAUUGUGAACAGAGAGUUUUUGUUACAAAAAGUAGAAAAGAACUUUCCUUGAAGCCUAGGUUUUAGAAGCCUGUGAGCUUGCGUGCUUGGAUGUCUAUGUUCUCGUGCGUGUGUGUGUGGGUGUGAGAGAGAGGAGUGUGUGUGUGUGAGUCCUUUGGUUUUCAUGUUUUUUGUUUUUGUUUUGUUUUUUUACUUGGAAGGGUUGGGGGAGGGGGAGGGAAGAAAGGGAAGGGAAUUGCGGAGAUGACAGUGUCCCACAUAGCUUCAAAUAAAAUCCAUGGAAAGAUACUGCAUUUGUGGAAUAAGUGCUUACUUGAAAAGCAUGUUCUUUAUUUUCUUGCUAUUAAGAUUUUUUUUUUUUGUAGGGCAUUUUUUUUUUUUUUUUUAGGGAUGAGGGCCAUCAUGUGGAAACCAGAAAAUGGGAAAAGUGUGAACUAUCUAAGCAGAGAUUUUGUUUCGUGUCCAUAUUUGUUUUUAAUUGUCCUCAUUUCAAAUGCAUUAAAACAGUUCCAUACCUGGAUGGAUUGGGUAUUUGUAAUGGUUACCAAAAAACAAACAAAGAAAAAAAGGCAAAGAGAGAAAAAGGAAAAAAAAAGAAAAAAAAAAGAAAGAAAAUAAUUGUGACAUGCUUUUAUCACUACUUUAUUUUUCAAAUAACAUGUAAAUAUUGUAAUCCAUUGGAUUUUGUUUUGCUAACCUGUUAAUAAAAAUAUGGGACCAUUAUCCUUGUAACAAGGCUAGAAUGUCAUUUUUUUUCUUUUUUUCAAACAUAUACCUGAUAUUUUGUGGCCGCACAUUUUGGAUGCAUUAUUAUAAUUCUGUUGACUGUAAUGACAUAGACUUUACAACAUUUUUUUGUUUAAUUUAUACAGAGGACAUUUUUUUUUUCAGAGUUUGAGAGAAGAAAGUAAAUAGCAAAAUGAGAACCUAUUGACUCCAAUAAUCAGUGUUUCCCAAUACUUGAUGAAAAGAUAGGGAGAUCCUGAGUUCUUGAAGCCAAGGGUUUAAAAACAAAACAAAACACAAAAACACACAAGUAGGUUAUUCAAGUUGUUUGCAACAUACAUUUUGUAAUAAAAUGUGAGAAAUUAAUAAAGAAUUUUUUUCA